AUUGUUAUACGAUUCUUCAGCUACUGUUGAAGGCGCGUUUUUUCAAUCGUUAACAAGUCCAAAUUUUCUUUGUUUGUCAGUUUUCCCCACUUUUCUUUCGGAAAUUCCCAAGCUGUAGUUGGACUUAUUCACGUACAAAUGGGUUUUUAAAGAAAUUCGUUCUGAAGUAGUGGUUGAUAGUGGGUAGAGGAGUAAUUUUAUGUUUCAGACUUGCACAGGCCCACAGUUCGUCGUUACACAUCUACUUGUUAUCAUAUCAACCCAUUUCAGCUUUGAUUGCAUUCAUCUGUUGAUCAAUCGCAGCUGGAAAGUGGCAACCCUAUAUAGCCAAAAUGGAUCGAGGUCAACUCACCUUCAUGGGAUCUACUGUAUGUGUUAUGCUCACCCUGCAUUUCACCAUACAGCUUCUGACGCAACACUUCAUGUCUUGGAAAAAGCCAAAGGAGCAAAUAGCCAUAGUUAUCAUCAUCCUCAUGGCUCCCAUAUAUGCCAUUGACUCAUAUGUUGGCUUGUUAGAUCUUCUUGGAAGCAAACCAUUUUUCACUUUCUUAGAAUCUGUCAAAGAGUGCUACGAAGCUCUGGUGAUGGCUAAGUUCUUGAGUUUGAUGUACACAUACUUGAACAUAUCGAUAAGCAAAAAUAUUGUGCCAGAUGAAAUUAAAGGACGGGAGAUUCACCACUCCUUCCCAAUGACACUUUUUAUGCCUCACACUACCCGUUUGGACCAUAAUUCACUGAAGCUUCUCAAGAAUUGGACGUGGCAGUUUGUUGUCCUUCGCCCUGUGUGCUCCGUCUUAAUGAUUGCUCUUCAAUUGCUUGGCUGGUAUCCUGAUUGGGUCAGCUGGAUAUUCACCAUGAUUCUAAAUGUAUCCGUUUCAUUGGCAUUGUAUUCCCUUGUGGUUUUCUACCACGUUUUUGCUAAAGAGCUGGCACCACACAAACCCCUUGCGAAGUUCUUAUGUAUAAAAGGGAUUGUUUUCUUCUGCUUCUGGCAGGGUUUGCUACUCAGUGGUCUUGUGUCCGUUGGCAUAAUCAAAUCUACUCAUUUCUGGCUUGAUGUGGAGCAUCUUCAGGAAGCUCUUCAGAAUGUCUUGGUGAUUGUGGAGAUGGUUUUCUUCUCCAUUGUUCAGCAGCAUGCAUAUAGUGCUGAACCGUACCGUACUUACUCAGUUUCGGGUUCUGGAGACAAAAAAAAUGAGUAAAUGAGUAAAAGAAAUUUUGAAGGUAAUUUUGGGGCAUCUCAGUUCCUCUCUGUAUUUUGUCUGGAGAUUUUUUGUGAUGUUGCCUAUCUUUAAGCUGGAGAUGAUAUUACCCUUAAUUUGGGAUACCAUCAGCAUCUUAGCAAGAGUAGUGGGAUUGCAAUAUAUUAUUUCUAAUUCCUGAUUAUACUGUGCUAAUUAGUUUUAUUUACA